CACAUUCAAGGUCAGUUAGGUGGUAUUUGUUCACCACUCGUUCAACUUACAUACUUCAGUUACUACGUUUUCGGUCUGGAAAAAGUAACCUUACUGUGAAUGUACAUAAGGAAUUUGGCUGGUGAAUAAAGCCAGUAGAGUCGAAUUAUACAGAUUUAUGACAGGUUGAUUUUAACGAAUAUAUUGUCAAAUACAUAUGAAGAAAGCAUGCAUACUAAAACAUUGUCAUUGAUUCUACACUCCUUUAGCCUGGCAUUUAUCAUCUCAGCGCUAGCAUUAGAUCAAUGGUAUUGCGGUGGAUUAUUUACUUCAUGCUUGAAACAUUAUCAAACUGUUUCCACUCUAUUGAUAUUAUUAUUCUGUAUUGGUUCCGGCUUUUUAAUGAUAGCCUUUGUGCUUGAUACAAUCACUGUGUGUUCAUCAUCGUUAGACUAUAAUCCAACAUAUGCUACAACUCGACUGGUAUCCUUGAUCAUUGGUCUAGUCAGCAUAUUUUCUGCUAUCUUGAUAUACUCUACCCAGUUGGAUCGCCAGUAUUCCUCUUUCACGUGUACACUUGGCAUUGUCUUUGCAUUUCAAGUAGCUAUUCUCAAUUUAUUCGGAUCCCAGUGUAUUCAACGGACUGAAGUAAUUGUAGCAGAGUGAGUGAGUGACCAGCACUCGGGACAUGAUGAAUCUCGUUGGUUUCUGUGUUAACCUGAAAUUCUGAUCAAAAAUAAAAAAGGAGAAUGGAAAUUAUUCACUCCUCAAAGAGUUUUGUGAUUAAUCAUUUAGUUAAUUAAUUAUGUUUCAUUGAAGCACAAAAUGUAUCUAUAAACCCUGAAUAUCUUACACGUGAGCUAUGUAAUACUUAGAUUUGUUAAUGUUUAACUUUGGCGGUUGGCUGAUUUUUGAAUUAUUAUUGCUCAAACAAAAGCUCAUCGAUACUGUUGCUUUGGUUGCUAUAUAUGUGUAUAUGUAAUUGUUAUUAUUAUUGCAUAUGUACUAAAAAUACUUCAUGCAGUUAAU